GCUCUUGGGACCAAUGGUGCUUGGUAAGGCGACUAUUGUCAUUAUGCAAAUGCAUACUGUGCAACGACAACACACCGAUAAACUAAAUAAGUUGCUUUAUGCAUUAUCGUUGACGAUGCGUGCAUUGCGGUAAACGUCUGCCCCGUUUUCUUUGCAUAAACACAUCUCUCACCAGCGUGGUUCUCUGUCCGUCCAAUCACACGUAGAUCCAGUACAGGAAGCCUGUCAGACUAUUGAAAAAACAAUCAAGUCAGCCAAGCUUUACUGUCGACAAGCUAUUAGACUCUUUGAAAAUGCUAUCCAAAAAUACCACUCCACUCCUGGCAAGCACAGGAUGGAUGCGGGAGGAGAGAGCUCCCAAGUAGCACACACUGUGUUUGACACGAAAAAAAAUAUGUGCAAGGCAAUAUACGCUCUGAGUGGAACACUUAAUCAUGCUAUCGAAUUCAAAGAGAUCUUUAUUCUCGAAAAGACAGACGCGUUUAUAAACACUCUGAGGAGCUGGCGCGAGUCAGGGACGAGAGAUGUGGCAAGCAUAUGGAAUGCAUUCGAAAGACCGCGAAAAGAGACGCGUCGCUUUAGUGCUCUUAUGUUUCCUCCCGUCGAAUUUCCAGAGGACGAAUUCAAAACCUACUUUGCAAGGUUUCGUCACUCGCUCAUGCUCCCGGUCUCUUAUCGCGAUCUCGAGAGCCUGGAUCCUGUUGCGCCGACUCCCGGACAAAAAGCUGGGUACCUGUUUCAUAGAAACAGGAAUGGAGAAUGGAGCAGGGAAUAUUUCUACAUUUUACCUAAGGGGAUGUUGAUGCAGUUUGCAAAGGGAAAGGAUAUUCAAGUGGCCAACCUGAACCAGACGCUUUUGAGGACUAUCAACGUGGAUCAAAGAGACUUUGUGUUUGAAAUUUGUUCAAUGGAGGUUUAUCUCAUGGAAUCAAUAUUGCAAGCAACAACAAAAGUCGAGUUCGAGGAAUGGAAAGCGGCUUUGUUCUAUUGGCAUCCCCCAGAUGACGAAAUACCACAGAUUGACACACUCAAAAUCAGUACUCCACCUACGAAAUCCGUGUUGCCUCGUCCUCGUCAUCUCAGUAUUGGGCGAAUGUCAGACCAGCCUCUAAAUUCACCAAAGCCCAGAAUGUCGGCGGAAUUCCCAGUCGUGAUCAAGGGCGAUCUCUUUGUGCUAGAUCUGCGGACAAAAUCAAUGAAUUCUCAGAACAAGGUCGGCACAUGGAAACGGAUAAAUUGCUGCAUCCGCUCGAAUGGUCAUUUCGCGCAGUAUAACAUGGGAGAGAACGAAAAACCCUUCGAGACCAUACCUCUGGCUGACACACUUCGGACACACAUUUGGCCGCUAGAUGGCAGCCUAUUCUCAAAAAAGCACUGUUUCUCCAUCAAGGCCCCUCAAGAUGUCAAUUACUACACUGUCUCGUUAAAGCGAUCAAGCACAGACCAGGAAACGUUUAAUAAGUGGCUCUAUGCGCUCAAGUCGUACGCAAAACCUGAAAUUUUUGGUGCAAGUGAGGACCUGGAAUACCGCCUAUACAGGACGUUUUGGAUCAUGGUCAAUGAUGGGCGCAGACUUCCCAAAGAUCUUGAGGCAUAUUGUGAGAUUAUGUUGGACGAUCAGAGGCGCGCCAGGACGAGUACGCGUACUAAAGCAGCCAGAGGUUCAGAUCCGGAUACACCUUUCUGGAGAGACAGUUUUGAGUUCACCGAUCUUGCCGCAUUCACUAAAGGCAUAACGAUCAACGUUAUACAGGCGAAUGGCAGCAAGUUGAUUCCUUUUGGGAGGACCCAUAUACCUGUUCGGAACAGCGAGGAAUGCGACGAGGGCUGGUAUCCAAUCCUGCGCAUCAACAGUCGAACAAGGUCGACAGAACACCUUGGGGACUUGAGACUGAAGCUGAAGUAUGAGGAACAGAUCGUAUUACCUCUAGCUAAUUACUAUGAUCUAUUGGAGAUCAUCAUCAAUUUCCAGGAGAAUAAUGUAAUAUCGAAGUUAGCAGAUCUAGUCACAGACCUUGAAGGAUUCUCAAGAAAUGUGCUCCGUAUUCUGGAAGCUAAAGGUCUUGCUGUAGUCUGGCUCAAUUCUUUGAUCGAUGACGAGAUUGCGGAGGCCGACCCGACCCGAGUCAACACGCUGUUCAGAGGAAAUACGCUCCUGACAAAGGCGCUCGAUGCAUACAUGCGACUUGUUGGUACAGAGUAUCUGGACGACACUCUUGGCGAUAUUUUAAGGAAUAUCUGCAAGAACAGAAUUGCUUGUGAGGUCGAUCCAUCCAAACUGGACAAGAACGAUGAUAUAAAAGCGCAAUGGAAGAUUUUGAUGCACCAUACUCGGACAUGUUGGCGGGUCGUGACUGAGAGUGUUAUUCAUUUCCCAAAAGAUCUUUUACGUGUGUUCUCUCACCUGCAAAAGCGACUUGAUGAAAAGUUUUCAGAUCAAGUGCCUUCCGAUAAAUCAAAUCAGGAUCCUGAACUAGCACAUCUGGCGCGGUAUACUGGUGUUAGUGGAUUCGUUUUUUUGCGCCUUAUAUGCCCAGCUAUCCUCGGUCCCAAGCUAUUCCAUAUCGUGAGAGGUACCAUGGCGGACAUUUUCCUUGAUUCUCAAAGAAUGCUCCAUUUCUAAUUCAGCGGACACUAAGGGAGGAGUUUAUAUAUAUAUAUAUAUAUAUAUA